GAAGCAGUGUUACCGGAUGCAAAUGAGUUAUUCUCAUUACUGGAAAAACAAGAUGAAAUGUUAUCGAUCCUCUUGUCUGAACUGGACUUGUGCAAGUCGGAAAUUUCAUCAUUACGUGGUCAAAUAAAUGCCAAUAAUGAAAUUGGUAUCUCAAAUGAUAGUAAUCAACAGCGGAAUUGUAGCGAACAACAGAUUAGUGAUGAGAUAAUUAAACUGAAAGAGAUUUGUCGAAGUGCUGUGGAUAGUGCUGAGCAACUUAGAGUUCGUUUUGAUUAUUAUGGCAUUAUUGGUUUGAAAUGUUUUCAGUCACGUAAUGAGGAACUGGAAAAUGAAUUGAGUGCGACGAACGCAAAGGUGGUGGUGUCAGCAAAACCACUCAGUGAGCAGUUGGGCGAUGGUUUUGAAGCAUUCGAAAAGAUGCGUGAUGAAUUGGCCAGAAAUCGCUUUGAGUUGGAUAAUCUCAAACGGGAAUUGCAUUCUAAAACUUGCGAAUUAGAUUUUGCGAAAGAUGCGUGUGCCUCAAAACAGGUACACAUUGAGCGUAUCAGUGAGUCUCUGCGGGGAGAGCACUCGCUAAUGACCAGUGAAAUAUCGAAACUUCAACAAAAACUGGCUGAGGAAAAGCUGAAUUCUGAGAAGUUAAACGCUGAAAAUGCAUCACUUCAGGCUCGUCUGUCAGUGUUGUCAGCAUCUGAAGUGGAUAAGGAUGCGUUGAUUGGAGAUUAUGCACGUCGAUUAUCUGAAGAGAGUGCUGCGAGGAAACGAGAUAUGAGUAUUCUGACGGCUAGACUCGCGGUUUUGGUAGAUCAGAAUAGCACUCUACGUGCAUCGGCUAUCACAAAAAAUCAUAGCAGCUGUUGUGCGGAUCAUGCUGAGCAAUCACCUUAUUUUGAGGGCUUAUUAGAGGAUCAACGUGCGUUAAUCGCAACAUUGAAAGAGGAGUGUUCGUUGUUGGCCGAUAAACUCAGAGCGAAUCGCAUCCAAUAUAAGAAACAGUUGAAGCAGUUGAGGAGGGAAAAUGAUGAUUUGACGAAACAACUCGACAGAUUCAUUAUUGGUGGUCAGUGA